UGAUUGGCUGGAGGAAAAACUAGAAUCCAAUCAGUUGUCUAGAUACAAAUUUUACAUUGAAGGCAUCAACAUGGCCGACGAGUCAGGGAAAGUUCCCGAUACUAUUGAGGUAACAAAAGAUGUUCUGGCACCAGCAGAUGGGCCCAGAGAAAAUCUUAUAAGUACUGCUGUGAAGUUCUUGCAGAAUCCCAAAGUCCAACAGAGUCCACUGUAUCAGAGGAAGGCAUUUCUUGAAAAGAAAGGUCUCACCAAAGAGGAGAUAGAUCUUGCUGUGCAGAAGGCAGGAGUAACUGACCAAGCCACACCCCAACCCCAACAGGCACAGUACCCCCCGGGGCCGUUCCAGCAUGCACUUGCUGUGCAGCCACCCCUUCAAGCACCGCUGCCAUCGAACUGGGUGAGAGUGAAGGAUUUCACCACUACCGCUGUCAUUGUAUCCAGCAUCUCGUAUGCCAUGUACAGAAUGUAUCAGCUGUACAUUAGGCCCUGGCUCCAGGGUAAGUCAGCCCAGGAUGACAGUCGCAUGGAUCGCCUGGAGCAGCAGCUGGUGGAGCUGCAGAACCUCAACCAGAACAUGGUCCAGGUCCAGGAGACGCUCAAGUCCAUCCAGGAGUCGCUGACCACACAACAGGCAUCUCUGGCAGCAAUCACUCACACAGCACAGGGUUCCUACACUGCUGUGAAGGGUAAAGACAUGGAUCUUUUGCAAGAUGUGAAGACUGAGGUAUCCUCACUGAAGGGCUUGCUACUCAGCAGGCGUCAGUUUCCCCCAGUUCCGCAGACAUCUCCAGUGCUUCCAUCCUGGCAGAUGUCCACAUCCUCUACAACUCUGGCGUCAAGUGACAGUUCCUCCAGCCAAUCAAAUGACACAGGGACAAGUUCCAGUAAUAACGUGUUGGAGGGAGCAUCCAGUCAAGAUGCUGAGAGAUUGGCUGGAACAGGGGGAGACAACUCCAGCAGUAGUCAUGAACAGAUAAACUCUGAUUCUGAAACAGUUUUAGUAUCAGAAAGUACCGGUACUGACCAAUCACAGAUGAAUGGAUUAGAGGUCAAAGGUGGUGAGCCUCACUCUGGUGAUGAGCCUCAUUCUGGUAAUGACAACCUCAGCAAAACAAGAGAGCAUUCAGAAGAGGAAGCCCUUCAAGCCAUUUCUUCUUCAUGAAGUCUGUGAUCGUCGUUGCUGGAAAAAAGCUUGUGAUUUGGAUAUAACUGUUCAUUAUCCCAAC